CCCUCUCCUCAAACCCGCCCCGAUUCAUCGGCGAGCGCCCCCGCCGUCCCCGCGACUCUCCCACCCCGCAGAUCGGCAGGGCGGAGGAGGGCAUGGCGUACAUGUGCGCCGACAGCGGCAACCUCAUGGCCAUCGCGCAGCAGGUGAUCCAGCAGCAGCAGCAGCACAACCAGCAGCAGCAGAGGCACCACCACCACCACCUCGUCCCGUCGCCGAUGCCGAUGCCGGCCGCCCCCGUGCCCCCGCACGCGCAGAUCCCGGGCUCGCUGCCGUUCGGCGCCGCGGGGUCUGCGGCCUGGCCCCAGGCCGAGAACUUCUUCUCCGACGUCUUCGGGGCGUCCGCCGCCGACGCCGUGUUCUCCGACCUCGCCGCCGGCACGGACUUCGACUCCGACGUGUGGAUGGAGAGCCUCAUAGGGGACGCCCCCGUGUUCCAGGACUCGGACCUCGACCGCCUCAUCUUCACCACGCCGCCCCCGCCCGUCGCGCCCCCGGCUGAAGCCGAGGACGCUGCCCCGCAGGUCGAGAAUGCGCCGGCCUCGCUCCCCACGGUUGCUGCCGCGGCGCAGGCGGCGUGUUCUUCCCCGGGCUCAGCCGACGCGUCCUGCUCCGCCCCCAUCCUCCAGUCUCUCCUCGCCUGCUCCCGCGCCGCGGCGGCCAACCCAGCCCUCGCCACCGCGGAACUCGCCAAGGUCCGUGCCGCUGCCACCGAGUCCGGGGACCCCGCGGAGCGCGUGGCCUUCUACUUCUCCGACGCGCUCGCUCGGCGCCUCGCCUGCGGCGGCGCGGCGUCCCUCGAGACGGCGUCCGACGCGCGGCUCGCCUCCGACGAGGUCACGCUCUGCUACAAGACACUCAACGACGCCUGCCCCUACUCCAAGUUCGCGCACCUCACCGCCAACCAGGCCAUCCUGGAGGCCACGGGCGCGGCGACCAAGAUCCACAUCGUUGACUUCGGCAUCGUGCAGGGCAUCCAGUGGGCGGCGCUCCUCCAGGCGCUGGCCACGCGGCCCGAGGGGAAGCCAUCUCGGAUUCGUAUCUCCGGCGUCCCCUCGCCAUACCUAGGGCCGCAGCCCGCGGCGUCCCUGGCCGCGACCAGCGCGCGUCUCCGUGACUUCGCGCAGCUUCUCGGGGUGGACUUCGAGUUCGUCCCGUUGCUCCGGCCGGUGCACGAGCUCGACCAGUCCGACUUCUCGGUCGACCCCGACGAGGUCGUGGCCGUCAACUUCAUGCUCCAGCUCUACCACCUGCUGGGCGACUCCGACGAGCCGGUGCGGCGAGUCCUCCGCCUCGCCAAAUCGCUCGGCCCGGCGGUGGUAACCCUCGGGGAGUACGAGGUGAGCCUGAACCGAGCCGGAUUCGUCGACCGGUUCGCCAGCGCGCUGAGCUACUACCGGGCGGUGUUCGAGUCGCUGGACGUGGCAAUGGCGCGGGACUCCGAGGACAGGGCGACGCUGGAGCGGUGCAUGUUCGGCGAGCGCAUCCGCAGGGCCGUCGGGCCGCCGGAGGGCGCCGACAGGACCGACAGGAUGGCCGGCAGCGCCGAGUGGCAGGCGCUCAUGGAGUGGUGCGGCUUCGAGCCCGUCCGGCUCAGCAACUACGCCGAGAGCCAGGCCGAGCUCUUGCUCUGGGACUACGACUCCAAGUACAAGUAUUCGCUCGUGGAGCUGCCGCCGGCGUUCCUCUCGCUCGCGUGGGAGAAGCGGCCUCUGCUCACCGUCUCUGCUUGGCGGUGACCCCUUCCUUCCUUCUCCUUGCAGUAUUUGCUCCUCCUCGUGUUCGAUCGAUCCACGGAGGAAAUUAAUUAAUGGUUAGCAGCAGAUCGUUCUCCUUGAAGCUUCCUUUGUAAUUUGUAUUGCUAGUUUCAUCCCUCCCUUGAAAAAAAGCUCUGUUUAUUUAGGAUUUCCGAUUAUAUAUGGUAGUAGUAAUGGCUAGGAUUGGGAAAUUUAGUUGGAACCAGCUUGUCAGAUGCCUGUUUUGCAGCAUGUUAUUAUAGCUGGGGUUAAGUAGUAGACCAAAUGUAGCGCUAAUUGUAUAGGAUGAAUUUAGAGCAUGCCAUGCCUUUAGGGGGAGAUUUAUCAUCGCUCAUACUAUGAUUUUUGGAUUAUGGUAAUGAUGUUA